AUGUUUAUGUAUCUGUUGUUCUAACUUAUACAAAAUUAGAUAAUUGAUUGUUCAAUUACAUAAUCUGAAUGUUCAGAUAAUUAUUCACCUGUUUGUGGAUUAACUAUAUAGUCGUAGACAAUAUAAACUUUCAUUAAUUAAUGUUAUGCUUGUAAAGCUAAUCAAGUUGUUAAAUAUAAAAAUGGAGAAUGCGUAGAUGAUGCAGAUUAAAAAACCAACAAUGAUAAUAGUGAGAAUAAAAAGAACGAUACUGAUAAAGAAUUUACUUCUUCUGGAAAUUAUACUUAAUUUUACUAUUGCUCGGAUCCUCGACCAAGUAUUUGCGGAACUAAGUAUUCUUUUUAUAAAUAAUUUAAGUCUAAAACAAGUAUGCGGCUUUUUAGAUUCUUAAAGUGGUUGCUAAAAAUAAUUUUGUUUCGUCUAAUUUAUUAAUGAUUGCCAUGCUUGUAGAAAUACCUCAAUACAUAAUUAUUUCUUUGGAUAAUGCUCAGAUUAUAAGUAAUUAUAAUAUGUUUUAUACUUAGGUAAAGACAACCUACUGUGAUUCAGUGUAAUUUAGAUUAAAAGAAAUAAUGUGAAACAAUAAUGGAAUAAAUUGAUGUUUGUGGUUUUUUAGAUGAAACAGCAGUUUGUUAAAAUCCUCCAUGUUUACAACCCUUUUAGAAUAAUUGUGAACCUUGUAAUUAAUCUAAUAUCAAAUCAUAUUUUAUUGGAAAUUGUAAUGAGUAUCAAAUAUUAUUCUUUGGAGAAGAAAUAGCAAAUUAAGCUACUGUUUAAAAAUAUCAAUAUUGCUAACCAGAAAGACCUUCUUCUUGUAAUUAAGAAUAUUAAUAAACUUGUGGAGUAUUAAAAUCUUGUAAUGGAACUAAUUGUGAAAGAAUAUUUGAGAAUCCAUGCAGUGCUUGUCAAAAUACUGAUAUUGAAGGUUAUUAUACAAGAUCAUGUUUCCAAAAUUGUAUUUUUGCUUUCUCAAUCUUUAUCAAUUAUGUUUUGAUUUGA